CUCUGUGGGUUUGUUUGUCUCCAAUUUUCCAGUAACACAUUGGUCAGUCAGCUAUGCAGCUGGGAGUUGCUUCUCGCAAGUGCCAAGGAUUAGCACAUGACUGAAAAGGUGGCUGUCACUCCCGUUUGCUAGCUGAUUUCUGGAGAUCUUCCCUUAAACAGAGGACCAUCAACCCCAGAAGCUCUCCUUUUGAAAGAAUUAAAUGCAGAGAGGCUUUUCUUGUCACUUUUGGUGGAGAAGUCUGAAAUCUGCCAUAGUCAAAGAAUUGUCCUACAAGAUGUCCUAAUAUAAUCUACAGAGUUUUGUCUAGAAAUACUCUGAUUACAAGAGAAGGAAGGCGGCAGAGAACUAAAAGAAAAACAGCAGCUGAGCUGUAAAAGGAGAUCAGGAGGAAGAGCUAUUCUCAUCUUCUCCCCAGCUACAUCCCACAUUUGGCGUCUACUCCUUUCGGGCAUUGACCUUCCAGGAUUAAACCAAGGAAAGAAGUAAAUCAGACAAAUGGCUCGGAAGUUGAGCAUUGAUCAGCUUGAGGACCAGUUGAUGUGCCCCAUUUGCUUAGAGCUCUUCAAAGAACCCUUGAUGCUACAAUGUGGACAUUCUUACUGCAAAUCCUGUGUAGUAUCUCUUUCAGGUGAUCUGGAGAAACAGUUCCUUUGCCCAGUAUGCCGAAAGGCUGUGGAUUACAGUAGAUCGCCACCCAAUGUCAACUUGGCUCGCAUCAUUGAGGCAAUUCAUAACAUAGGCAACUCAGAUGAUAAUCAAAAUUCUUGCCCUGACCACCACAAUCCCCUCAGCCUUUUCUGUGAGCAAGACCAGGAAGUGAUUUGUGGCCUCUGCGGCACCAUUGGCACCCACCAGCAGCAUAAGGUCACACCCAUCUCCACUGUCUACAGCAGGAUGAAGGAGGAGCUCUCCAUGUUGAUGACAGAUGUGCAACAGCAGAAGAGAAGCCUUGAUGAAUAUGUCAGCAAGCUGAUGAAUAACAAAACUCGCAUUGCGAAUGAAUCUGAUGUCUUCAAGUGGGUAGUCAGAAAGCAGUUUCAGGAGCUGCAUAGGUACAUUGAUGAAGAGAAGGCCAGAUUCCUGGGGCGGAUUGAGAGGGAAACAACCCGUAUCAUUGCCUCUAUUGAGGUUCAGGUGAGGCAGAGAGCAGACACCCUUCAGAAGCUAAAGGAGCUAGAGGACUUCCUGGAGAAAUUCAACAAUGAAGACCAGCUGGAUUUCAUAAGGAAAUAUGGAUCUCUUCCCUCCAGGUCUGAAAUCCCCUAUCAGCACCCAGCUGAAGGCAUAUACAGUGCAGUUUCCUUUAAGCCUGAUUUCCACCAAGAUGACAUAAAGAUGAUGGUGUGGAAACAUCUGCUCCGUAAAGUCCUCCCAGCUCCAGAAACGCUGAAGCUGGACCCUGUGAGUGCUCACCCUAUGCUUGAGCUGUCCAAGGCGAAUACCAUGGUGAAAUGCGGACUGCUCUUCCAACGGCGAGACAGCAAUCCUGACCGCUUUGACUACAGCAAUUGUAUACUGGCUAAUAAGGGCUUCUCCUGGGGAAAGCACUACUGGGAGAUUAUUGUGGGCUCCAAGAGUCACUGGCGCCUGGGCAUCAUCAAGGGCACAGUCAGUCGCAAAGGGAAACUGAAUAAGAGCCCAGAACAUGGGGUGUGGCUCAUUGGCUUAAAGGAAGGCAAAAUAUAUGAGGCCUUCAACAGCACUCGACUAGUGUUGCCAAUUUCAGCCCGACCCCAGCGUAUUGGGGUCUAUUUGCACUAUGAGAAGGGAGAACUAACCUUCUACAACGCUGACAGCCCAGAUGAGCUGAUACCAAUCUAUACUUUCCAAGCAGAAUUCCAAGGCAAGCUAUAUCCCAUUCUGGACAUGUGCUGGCAGGAGCGGGGUAUCCACAACAACUUACCCAUUCUACUGCCAACUCCCACAAUGCUGCAGGCUGAGGAUGAUUGCACCAAUACUCAAGAGCCCACCAAGUUAUAAUAUGAAGUUUCCGUUUGCUACUAUCACGACAAGUUACUGAGUGAGCUGCAGACUGCCUUUAUGGGAGCAAUAAAUACAAACCAAACUGUUCCCCUGAAUACAACUCAUUCAAUUUAAAGAAUUCUAGAGUCCCGCUUAAGGACUCUGUUUUGCUUUUGGCCCACUUGAAUAUGUAAGGGCGUUUUGGUUUUAAGGGGCCAAAUCAAGACUACAUAUAAAGCAACUGAACCAGCUCCAUGCCAAAAGUGGAGAAUCUCAAUGACAUCUAUACUUCCCACUCCUGAACAGGGUAGUUUAGCACAAAAUUACGGUAGCUCAGCUGAAACGAACACUACUAUGUUUCCAUUGUUUUCAGUGGGCUUUUGCAGGAGAACUUUUUGCAGGAGAAACUGCAUUGUUUGUACCCUAUGGAGGAGUUCAACUGGCAUUUCAGCCAACGGUGCUCAGAAUCUGUCACUUGGGACUAACAUCUCACUUUGCCUCUAGGCUGCUUCUGGGAAUCCUGCCAGGCGAUUGAUGCUUAAAUUUCAAAGGCCGCUUCCUUCCCUCUUUCUGCUUUUCAGUCUCCUUCCUCAGGAAGUUGAAAAAUUGCACUGCAGAGUUUUGUUGUGUAUUGCCACAAUCUUUUGUUGUUGUUGUUUUGCCAGUGCCACAGGCUAAGUUAAAGCAUUUUAACUCUCCAGUCUUCAUCUUUGAAAAUGCUUUUCAGGUGUGAAUAUGUGAAAUCCCUUUGGUCCACUAGCAAUGCACUUUGAAUUUGAUACACAAGUGCAAACUCCAAUCAGUUAGUUAAAGGCUUUUUCUCAGGUGUUCUCAGUAGUGUCUAACUUUAUACCCAGGAGGAAAAUCCUCUUUUCUCAGAUCUGCUUAGAUUAGCAUCUAAAUAGAGUUGAGGUGUCUUAAAAACAUGAAAAAUAAACAAACUGUAACUGCAGGAAUGUCAUCUGUUGAUAUGAUUAAUUGUUUUGGAAAGGUUAAGGUGCCACUAUUUUGGUUAUUUCUGGGUGCAAUAAGGUAGUAUGGCUGUUGAUUUGGAAUUUGAGAAAAAGAUCUGGCACAAAAGAAAAUAAUUCAGAUUGUAAAUAGGAAAACUAGUUUGGUCUAUCAUUUUCUUCUGGUCCUCUACUCAUUUUCCAAGAACAGCAAACAGGGAAUUGUCCCAUAUUUUCCUCCAUUGUUACUCAUUUUAGUAAGCUUUACAAAUCUGAGAUGGCCAAAUACCUUGGAUUUUCUAUACUAGUUCUAUUUAAUGUUAUUUAAAUUAAAAUGCCCAAAUUAUUAAUGUUCCAGUUUCAAGCAAGACCAUAAUAAAUGCAGUAAGUAAAUAUUUCAUCAAGACUGUACACAACUGCAAGCCCACACAAAUAACUUACCACCACCACAAUGCAAGCAUAGCCUAAAAGGUUGAGGUAUUCAUUAAUUUCUAUCUGUACAUAUUAAUCAAUGCAUUAAAUUUGUUUACUCUGCUUACUUUGAGGAUUUUUUUCAGUUGUAGCACCUGCUUAUGUCUUGCCUCUUCUCUUUGCUAUCUUUUAGUGGUUUAAAAGUCAAUACCACUUUUUAAUCUUUUAUA